AUGACGAUAGGACGUACCAAGAUCAAAGUAAACCUCGCGGGAUCGCUGGUAUACUAUUUCAAUGUAUGGGUAGGCGAUCUGGCAGGACAAGAAGCGAUUCUGGGCAUGGACUUUAUAGUGCCUGCCGGAGUGCGGCUCGAUCUAGCUGAUGGUGCGCUAUGUCUACCAGAAGAAAUCCGUAUCCAUCUCGCAGGGCGUCGCCCCGCGUACGGAUCGAAGAUACAACAUGUAACGGCGAAGGGCCAACAUGUGGUGAUCCCGGUCGGAGAGUCGAGAGAAGUGAAUAUCGGGAUCGGAGGGGCUAAGAUGAAGUUGUGGGUCGCUAGAGGACCAGAUUGGGUCCCCACUGUGAUCUCGGGGUUGGGUAAGACGAAAUACCUGCAGAUGACCAACAUUGGCGACCGUGAGAUCAUACUGCCCACCCACACGAUAUUAGGCUUGUGGACCGAAGGCGAUAUGGUACCACGGACUCAAGGUUUUGUGACGGUCGGAUCGGGGAAGUACAAGGAGUGGCAAAAUCUGGUGUAUGAGGCUACGACGGAUCGAGUGAGUGAACUCCCAAAAGAGCAGAUCGGACCAUUGGUAGAUCGCCCUACGUACGCCACUCCCAAAUGCAUCAUGAAGCGUCCGUCUGUUGCGUUAAAGGACGUACCUCCAGCGAUCUCCAUGGUAACGCAGCAAGCUGGCGACGACGACUUGCAAAAGGCAGAUACUGUGGUUGCAAGGGAAGGAACGGUCAACGGAGUCGGAUCGAAUCCACUCGAAUAG